AUGGCUCCCAAACCAGAACAAGAAUCUGCCCUCUUGAACCCUCUCGUCGAUGGUCAAGAUACAGAUGAAGACUCAGAAUCCUACCAUUAUGUCCCUCCUCGAAGGCGGCGUUGCUCUGCAUGCAGAUGUGUCGGAUGGAUCUUCACUUUACUCUCAAUUAUCUUUAUCUCAGCACUCUCCGGUGCUUGGAUCUCAAUGGCAUAUCUCAACAUUGACCAGACAUGUGCUUCACACACAACAUCAUGGUCACCGGUUCUUAAGGACGUUUCGAUAAAAUACCACGAACAACCAUUUGAUGGAAACUUUAUGGAGGAGAAUGACUUCCGCAAAAACGGCUCUGCUAAAGUCGAUGAAGCGUGGGAGUCACUUGGUGUUGACUAUCGACCUGGUGUCAUCUCAUAUGAAGACGGAAUUGCCAGUGGUCUCACUGAUGCCCACGUUCAAGUCAGUCCAGAGCAUGGCGGCGGUUUCAUCGUCAACGUUGAGGGCAUGCAUCACCUUCACUGUCUGAACCUCGUCCGCAAGUCCCUCUACUUCAAUUACGAUCACUACAAGGCCCUCGGUGGGCAUGCCUUCAAGAACGACGGCGAAGUCUUCCGCCUGCACGUCACACACUGUCUUGAUACGAUCCGCCAAGUUCUCAUGUGCAACGUCGAUACCGGUGUCCUUGGACAAGUCUGGUACGAUAGGAAGAACCCCAGCGCGUUCCCUGACUUCAACACCAAGCACACUUGCAAGAACUACGAUGACAUCAGGAAGUGGUCCAAGAAGCUUCAGGCUCCUCCUCCUGGCACACUGCCCCCAGACUUCCUCGCCAACCCAGAACCAGAGCACGUUCUUGAGUUUACACCAUAA